GAGACCGAUGAGCAGGAGGGAUUUUUCGGACCGGUGCUAUUGGGCUUUUGGGCUUCUAUCGUUUUAUCGAUUUUAUCGUUAUCGGGCCUCUAGGCCUUUGGACUUUUAUCGUUAUGGUAUUUCGUAUUUUGGAUUCUCGGUUUAUGUCGUACCUUAUGUUUCGGAUUUUAUUUUAUAUUAUGGAAUUCAUGCGUGGAUGUGGACUUUCAAAUAUUUAUAUAUGGAUAUUUAAGAUAUUUGUAUUUAUCGAAGUAUUUUUACUAUUUCGAAAGUGACGGGUGUCACAAUUUUAUUCAGCAAAAGGAGGAGCAAUAGUACCCAACCAGAAGAAGAGCUAAACGAGACCGGGUUUGCGGAUAAAGGUGCUUAGAGCAACAUUAUCGCCGUAUGAAUGCAAGUGCAUACAUUGUAGCUACAUGCAUCCAAAUCUAUUUUAAUUUAAUUUCAUAAAUGCAUUGGAUUUUAUACUUAAGUAAGUAAGAAACAAAUUAUUUUCCCGUUCCACUAAUUAUUUUCUUCCUCUUUUUCCUUAAAAGUUUACGCGUUUCAUUUAUUUUAACGUUUCAUAUCACCAAAGGAAAAUCUCAGUGCAGACGUCUCUAUAAAUUGAACUCUCAUGAAAGCUUCGAAAGAACAUCAAAGCUUUCCUCUACGUCUAUUUUUUUGCCAUGACGGAUCUAACCUUAGAGCUUAAUAUCAACUCAGCAAGUGACCUUGAGUAUGUCAACCACAUCACAAAGAUGAACGUUUACGCGGUCGUAACCCUUUUGGGCGACAAAAAGAUACAGAAAGUGAAAACCGCGGUAGAUCGCCACGGUGGAUCUAACCCUAACUGGAAUCACGCCGUCAAGUUUGCCGUCAAUGAGAGAUUAGCCAGAGAAGGCCGUUUAACACUCGUCGUGGGAUUGUUCUCCGGUCGAGUCCUAGGCGAUAAAGAUAUUGGUAAGGUCGAGAUCCCGUUAGUUUACCUCCUGCCGUCAACUAACGGUAACAGUAAUGGCCAUGGGAUGAAGUUUGUGACGUAUCAGGUGAGAACUCCGUCUGAGAGGAUGAAAGGUUCCUUGACUUUCUCGUACCGUUUCAAUGGGGUAGCCGCUAUUUUCGGUCCCGUUCACCAACAGGGACCAACGUCGUGGGCUCCUCCACCGAGUCAGAAUGGUUAUGGGCCGUAUCCUUACAUGUCACAGCCACCACCACAGACUGGAUAUGGAUACGAAGGGCCGCCGCAGUAUAGGAAGAAUGAAGAGAGGUUGGCGAAAGCUGAUCUUCUUGUUUCAGCAGUGUCAUUACUUCGUUAGUGACAACAAAAAAUGUUAUUGGCCAAGACAAUUUCCAUUUUAUAUAUUUUGUUUUAAACGAGGAAAUAAUAAAAUUGUUAGUCUAGAUGGUUAAGAUGAUUAAUAAGAGCCUAUCAGUCUGACUCAAUUGAAAAUAUUGUUUAGUUGUUUUGUAUCUGUUUAUUAACGUAAUUAAGCUCUUUA